CGCAAUGAAUGAAUGUUUCAAGUGCCGUUCAUACAAAACUGUUUACAUGCCUUUAUUGUAUCCAACAUUAUGGGAUGUAUUGUCCUGUAAUAUGGGUUUUUACUUUAUGAGGCAUGUCUUUGAAAGUAAUGUAUUGUUUUUACUUGUUUGUGUCGACAAGACUGUAACGCUUCUUAAACAGGUGACACGUCACCCUCUAGUGGCGAUAUAGUGAAAUCGCAACGACGACCAGACCCCAUCUUUAUCACGAAUUCCUCGUUUAAAAUGCGUUUUUUGUCAAGAAAAUACGUGAGACAGCCAUGUGAUGUUUUGGAUUCAGUACCCCCUUUUCUUGGAAUUAACAUAAAAUAAUGAGCAGAUGACGUCGCAGCUCUCUACCUAGGAACAGACAACCACUCACACACGACUGGAUUAGCAUGUUAACCGGUGGGAGGAAACUAGAGUGCCCACACAAGCAAGAAGAAAGUAAACCACUGCCCUGAGCUGGGAUCCUCUUGCUGUGAUUCAAAAGUGGUACAAGCAAUUACACGCUCUGACGUGAACUCCACUACAGCCAUGGGCAGAUACUUCUACAGUGAGAUUGACAUCAAGAGGCCUUGGCAUCAAGUGCUUGCUGCUUUCUGGCAGCGCUACCCAAACCCUUACAGCACCCAUGUCCUGACAGAGGAUGUGCUGUUUCGCGAGGUCACCCACGACAAUCACCUGGUGUCACGACGACUGCUGACAAAGACCAACCGGCUUCCGCGCUGGGCAGAGCGCGUGUUUCCCGCUCACAUGGGCCGAGCUGUCUAUGUCCUGGAGGACUCGAUCGUGGACCCACAGUCACGCACACUCACCACCAAGACCUGGAACCUCAACCACAACAAACUGAUGACUGUGGUGGAGCAGAGUUUGUAUGUUGAGGACGACCAUCAGGAAUCCUGCACCAAACUGAGGAGGGAGGCCUGGAUCUCCUCAGCUGUGUACGGACUCACCCGCCCUAUUCAGGAAUUUGGACUCGCCAGGUUAAGAAGCAACCAAGCCGAGGCCCUGAAGGGCCUGGAGUUUGCACUGGCCAAGCUGGAGGGUGAGACACAAGUUAUCGCCAGCAGCAACCACAGCGAUUCAUCUGAGACACACUUGUCAAAGCCCACACCAACCCAAAACCCCAAAGAGUUUGUCUAACCCUGGAAUAUGAAUCUACAAAGAACUUAGGUGGAAGACAAAAAAGAAAACUAUCACAAACUAUGUCCAUAAAUGAAGAUUUGUAUCAUAACAAAAACCUCCUGAACAGAGGCUUCAUGUUAAUACUAUUAAUAUUUUUGGCAGGUGAAUAUGGACAUUGUGCCUGUUGUAUUUUGCACAAAUGCCUGGUUAUGUGAAAUUUAUAUUUACUGUUUGUUAUGAAGUGUGUUUACAGACACGAGGUAUGCAGAUAUUGGGAGCACUGUUCUACAGUACUUAACUGAAUCUUGAGUGGUUCAUCUAUAUUCAGUUUAUUAUUCAGUUUUAUUAUCAUUAUCAUGCCCCUAUUUAUUAUCAUUUCCUUUCGCAACGUGCUCUAACAAAUACAUUUGUGUGAUCUUUUUUGAGUCCCAGCGUUUCACUUUGAUGUCACGAGUAUUCCAAAAGCAUUGCAACCAUCAACUCCAUCAAAUCACUGAUUCCAUGUAGGUUCCCACUCACACCAGAACUGGACCCAGAGUGAGCAUUACCGGCUGUUGCAAGCUGUUUUGACUCAGAAUGAUGAUACCUGAAUGGAAGUCAUGAAGCAAAAGUGACUGUCAGUGCACUACACUCAACAACCAUCACACACUGUGAACAUCAGUGCUUUACCAACACAUUGCUGACCAAAAGUUUGGGAGUUAAAAGUGCAUUUAUUUGAACCAGCCAUAUCUCUUCAAAUCGAUGGCAUGAAAUUAUGGAAAUAAAAAUGACACUUCACCUGAUAUUUAUCAUUUAAAUAUAAUGAAUUUUGCUUUGGAUAAAACAUCACAAUAGUGUCUGCCAUUGACAUCAUAACAAAUACAACAAAUUAAAUGUAGAUUUAACGGAAUAAAGACUCGUCCAACAGAAUCUCAGCACAAGAACAUUUGGCUUGGAGUUUCAGUUGGUAACAGAGUGAAGACAUUUUGGUAUUAUCAGGAGCUUAACGGUUAUUCAUAGGCUAAUGUUCACUUCAGCGUAACAGAAAAACAAAAAGUGCAAAAUCAUCAUCAUCAGGGAAGUAAACCGCUACAUUUUCAACAACAACAAUCACAUUUGCAGGUUCUCACUCAAGAAGGAAGAAAAAACAUUUCAAGAUCACACAUAUUGGUAGAGCUAUGUCUAAAACUAGCCGGUAAAAACAUUUCAACAGAACCAUUCCACGCACAACACUUGUAUUGUAUUGUUCAAGCCUCUUGAGUUUAAUAUCUACUGCUGACACAGAUACACAGGAGUCACCGGAGGACAUGUCCUGGAGAUGGACCUUGACUGUAACACAGUCGAUGUGCUUGGACCGACCUCCACUUCUGUGUAUCCUUCGUCACUCCAGCUGCAUGGCAAAUCUACGCAGACUGGAGUGAAGUGCAACACGCUUUGGUUUCACUUAAAUGGGAAGGUGCCGGGUGUUCAGAAAACCAUUUCUGGCAUAGAAGUGCGCUCUGGCGAUCACAUCAUUGGCAAAGUCCCCACAGGGAGUGUCUCUGUCCACGUUUUCAGAGGGUUUUAAACUGAGGACUUUGUCCUCACCUAUGAUGUAGCUGGCUAAGGCACCUGGAACACACAAGAAACAUUUGUUUUCUCACUUUCCUGCUACUUCAAAUGCAUGAUGGUGAUGUUGCUUCUUCUUCUUCAUUGACAUUUGGGUGUUUCCCAUCAGAAGUUGCCACAGCAAGUCAGCCUCCUGCACCUCAACCUAUCUUGCUCACACUACACUCUUCGUGUCCUCCUAAAAUAUAGGCUUGUAACUGUACAAAUAUUCAGCCCUUCAGUGCAGUUCGUACACGGACCACUCAGGGUACGCGCAAAAGUGGUUUAAUACGUGUUCCUACACGGUCUGCAAAGCGGUUGCACACCACAGUCCAUAAGCAGCAUGGCAGCCUCAACAAUUCAACAACGGGAGCUGUGUUGAGACUAUGAUCUGGCAGGUCACUUUAUGAAGUGAGCACUGGUGCGUGCUUCGAUGACCUGGCUGCUGACAUCUGAAGUCUAGCAACCACCCACACCACGUCACUACCACUGAAACUGGUUCGCACGGUUCAUUUCCAGAUUGAAGCGAAAACCAAAUGCAAUAGAGCAACGCUGUUGCACUGUAGGAAUCUUUUUAGUAAGUAUCGAACCAUCCACCCUUUAACAGGAGCAUUGAGGCACACACACUUAUAAUAGUGAGUGAGGAGGCAUCAGUGCUUACGGUCUCUGAAUUUGUGAAUGAAAAAUAAUUUGAUGUUCAAAUAAAAUAAAAAUAAUACAAUAAUAAAAAUAAUGGUUUAAAGUUGGGUUU